CGUGUGUUGCCGACGACGUUACGUUUAUUUUUUCUGCGGCUACACUUUGUCGCGUGACACCGUUGAUGACGCUAAUCAUUGCUAUAGUGACCAAGUUUUGUCUGAGACUCAAACAGGGAGAAGAAGAAGAAGAAGAAGAAGAAGAAGGAAGCGACGGCGGAGAAGAAGAAGAAGACGACGACGAGUGUUGCGAGCCCCAGCUGAGGGACAGAGACACGGACACACUGACACACAGCAUUUGACCAUUAUUGGAACGAAGAAAGACCUCUGGAACUUGCGGAGGUAUCUGUUUUGAAUCAUGUCAGCAUCAAGUCAAGAGGAGGAAGGAAAUGAAGAGUUGCUAUCAGAUCACGGUGAGGAAGAAUCAGAAAAAGAAGGAGAAAAAGAAGGAGAAAAAGAAGGAGAAGAAGAGGAAGAAGAAGAAAAAGUAGAUGGCUCCCCGCCAGAAAUUGAAGAGGGUGAAACUGAGGAAAAAGAAAAUGGGGUGGUCGCUGAAGAGGAGGCAGUUGAAAAAGAUGAAGUUGUUGUGAAGAAAUCUUCUGAUGAUGCUACUACGGAGGAACACGCGGAAGAAAUGACAGACCCGACUACAGAUGGAGCCACCAAACGCAAGUCUGUGGACAGUGUAAAAGUCACAGAGGAGACCAAGGAAGAAGACAGCGUCGGCAAACCCGAGGUUUUUGCAGUGGAAUCUAUUGAGGAGGUUGCGCAAAAGACUGACAAAAGAAGCAGCGGGUUAUUUCCGCGGGAAUUACUCAUGAACUCAGAAGCGGUGUCACCAGAAGUUGAAGAUCUUCCAAAAGCAAGUUCUGAAGCUAUGAAAUUCUUCUGUUCAAUAACUGAGGAAGAUUUAGAAAGGGUGAUGUUUAAAGACAGCCUCAUUACCACAUCUGACGAGGGGGACUUGGGCGAGUUUCUGAUAUCAAUAGAAAAAUGCACUUUCCAGGAAGAAGACUGUUUUUGCAUCUCAGCAAAGAGUGUUGGCACCAUUGAAGGGAUUCUCUGUGGUACGUCCCUCAUAGCCUAUGUCGACAGGAACCUACAGACCAUAGAACAAAGGCACCAUGAGUAUGUUGAGUUGAACAAGUGUCCCCUUGACCGGAAAACCCUAAUUACACGAAAAGAUGGGCUUUACAAGUUCACCAAAACUAUUUCUGAAGGAGAGGCAACUCAAGUCCAGAAAGCAUGGAAUAUCAAAGAUUUACCAAUUUUAAUGUUAGAAGGUUCAAACACUUUGUUUUUGAGGCUUUUGGUUACGAAGGGAACUGCUGUCAUGAAAGAAUUCUUUGUGCCAACACUUGAUUCCGAUGGUUAUCUCUGCAGUAGUGAAUAUAAAAAACUUGAUAUGAAGAACAUUCUUAUCAACAAGGAAUCUGUUGCUGCAUUUGGUCUGCAGAGGACGAUCUUCUCAAAGAUGGAUUCUCCAAUAUCGUGGAAUUACCACUUCAUGGAUGACGGGCAUCUACUAAGUCGUACACAAAUCGAUUCACAUGUGAGAAUGAGGGUUACCACUGUACCGGUCGUUUAUUUUCCCACUCAGGUACAGUCAACAACAAACCGGUUUUCAAAAAAAAACCCAUAAACCUGGAUGAAGAUAUGGAAAUGAGAAGCAAAUUCAUAGACAAAAAAGAUAAAUUCAUGAAUGAUUUUUCUGUCUACUUGCGACAAAAGCCCGAGAUCCGAUCACUCCUGGCCGAUUUUCUGCAGUUCCUGUUGCUACGGAAACCUGACGAUGUGGUGAAAUUUGCUGCGGAGUACUUCUCUUCCU